AUGCAGGCAGAAGAAGAUUCUGAAAGCAGCACAAAGAAAAACGAGUCUAAAGAAAUGCCGCAGGGAUCUCCGCGGCUGCUAGCGGAAUAUAAUGUUCCGCUAGCAGCCCUGCUGAGCAAAGACGGGACUCCCACGUCUUCUCGUCGUGAGAUGGGAAUAAUUACGGAAAGGUUCUACUCGAACCUUUCCUGUUCAUCAGCUCCUGUGUCUCACGCCCGAUCAUCCCCACUGGUGGAGCUCCAUCACGGAUUCCCCCCACGGCAGUACGAGUCGCCAUGA